UAAACUAACAGAUACAGGCACAUUCUAUUCUAUUCUAGCCCAUGCUUGUAUCGCGCAUGCUCAGUUCUUCGCUAGGGAAGAAAGGGGAAAAUGUCUUUAGCGAGCUUUUUACCGGCGCCGACCCAGCUGUCUCAAGACCAGCUGGAGGCAGAGGAGAGGCUCCGGGCCCAGAAGUCCUACUCCACUGCUCUGGUUUCGUCUCUCAGAGAGCCCCCUCCUUACGGACACAGAAAAGGCUGGGUGCCUCGUUCACUUGCGGACUUUGGAGAUGGAGGAGCUUUCCCAGAGAUCCAUGUGGCCCAGUUUCCUCUGGAGAUGGGUAGGAAGAAGAAGACGUCCAAUGCAUUGGCGGUGCAGGUUGAUGCAGAAGGAAAGAUUAAAUAUGAUGCCAUUGCCAGACAAGGACAGGGUAAAGAUAAGGUGAUCUUCAGCAAGUACACAGACCUUCUUCCAAAGGAAGUUCUAAAUGAAGACACUCCAGAACUGCAGAAGCCUGAUGAGGAGGCUGUAAAAGAAAUUACAGAGAAGACCCGUGCUGCCCUGGAGAAGCAGGUGUCUCAGAAGAUUGCUGCUGCCAUGCCUGUAAGAGCUGCAGACAAACAGGCUCCUGCACAGUACAUCAGAUACACCCCAUCCCAGCAGGGAGUAGCUUUUAACUCAGGGGCCAAACAGAGGGUGAUCCGUAUGGUGGAAAUGCAGAAAGACCCCAUGGAACCUCCACGUUUCAAGAUCAACAAGAAGAUUCCUCGUGGACCUCCCUCUCCCCCUGCCCCUGUCAUGCAUUCUCCAAGCAGAAAGAUGACAGUCAAGGAGCAGCAGGAGUGGAAGAUUCCUCCAUGCAUCUCCAACUGGAAGAACGCUAAGGGCUACACCAUUCCUCUUGACAAACGUCUGGCUGCGGAUGGCAGGGGGCUGCAAACAGUUCAUAUCAAUGAAAACUUUGCCAAGCUGGCCGAGGCGCUAUACAUCGCUGAUAGAAAGGCCCGAGAGGCUGUGGAGAUGAGAGCUCAGGUAGAGAAGAAGAUGGCCCAGAAGGAGAAGGAGAAGAAGGAGGAGAAACUGAGGGAGCUGGCUCAAAUGGCUCGAGACCGCAGGGCAGGGAUCAAAAGUCACGGAGACAAAGGUGGCGAGGACGGCGAGGCCAGGGAGCGUGACGAGAUCCGCCAUGACAGAAGGAAAGAGAGACAGCACGACAGGAACAUUUCCAGGGCUGCUCCUGAUAAGAGGUCCAAGCUGCAGAGAGACCAGGAGAGGGAUGUCAGCGAGCUCAUCGCUCUGGGCAUGCCCAACCCUCGUUCUUCCAGCGAGGCCCAGUAUGACCAGAGGCUCUUCAAUCAGAGCAAGGGUAUGGAUAGUGGUUUUGCCGGCGGUGAGGAUGAGACAUACAACGUGUACGACCAGCCGUUCCGCAGCGGCAGAGACAUGGCUUCAAACAUCUACAGGCCCAGCAAGAAUAUAGACAAGGAUGCCUACACAGAUGACCUCGAUACACUCAUGCACAACAGCAGGUUUGCUCCAGGGAAAGAGUUCUCAGGUGCCGACCAUGGGCAGAGGCGGGAAGGACCAGUCCAGUUUGAGGAGGAUCCCUUCGGUCUGGACAAGUUCUUGGAGGAGGCCAAGCAGCACGGAGGCUCCAAGAGGCCCUCCACUAGCAGCCGCUCAAAGGACGACUACCAUGACAAGAAACGCAGGAAGGAGUGAGAGCACUCGGGCAUGGAGUCCAUUCAGGAAAGUUGAUGGCAUGUUAGAGGAUGAGAAAGUAGUCUGCACCUUCUCAGCAUUAGAGAGGGGUUUUAACAUACUCAAGUCCCUAUCAGGAAUGUUUCCAUUUUUUUUUUUUUUCAGUGGGAAAGAAGGUGAAACUUUUGUCUUUCCUUUUUUUUUCUAUUCAUUGUUUACUCAGCUCUAUUAAGAACAUGUUGAACAAUCUUGCUAAAUAUAACAUGAUAAACAUGUUAAAUAUCAGGAGGUGGAGCUGAAGCGAUAGUGUGUGAGAUCUGCCUCUGCAUCUGAAAGUGUCUCUGUACAGUGCAGCUGAUGCCAUUUCAGAUGUGAACGGUAAAUUUGGGCCCAGAAAAUGUGUAGAUUUUAGUUAUUAGUUUUUUUUGUUUGUUUUUUUUUUUUAUAUACAUGUAUACAGAAACUCAGCAGGAAGUGUUCAUAUUUACCUUUGUCUCAUUUGUCCCCCACAUUUUCCCCUUUGAGUUUUUGUCAGCUGUGUUUUAUUUAAGCCCCCGGUGUAUUUGUGAGCACAGCUGCAGCCCAUAUUUGAUGGCAGAUAUGUACAGUGAUAUAAACUUGACCUGUAAGAUGUAAAGCAAACCAGCUUUAUAAUUCUUGUAUAUUACUACCAAUGGAAUAAAUUUCAUAUAGUGUGUAA